AUGAUGGAGAGUCAGCCGCCCCUCACAUCACCGGAUGGGCACCAUGUCCAGAACUCUUCGGGGGGAGAUCUUCUUUUAUUUCCAGAUUGUAAUGCAGACAAUGAUGACAUUGCACAAUGUUCUCCAGAAGUAAAUCCCAUUACUCAAACUAUACACGAACCUUACCAUUUGGAAACAUCUAUGGAGCCCUCUAAACCUGAAGAAUCUUCUGAUCAAUCGUAUACUGUUCCUUCAGACAUCCAUUUCAGUUUUGGCAAUUCAGAUACAUCAACCGUUCCCCCUAUUCCCAAGGAAUUUUCUGGUCAGUCACAUACUGCUACAUCAGGUAUUCCUCCGAGAUCUCAAAGUUCACGUAGAGCAUCCGAUCCCUCAAAUCCUGAAGAACCUUCUGGCCAACCACAUACUAUUACGUCGGACAUCAGUUUUAGUUCUGACCUAUCACAUAAUGUUAUAUCAGGUAUUCAUCUGAGACCUCAAAGUUCACGUAGAACAUCUGAUCCCUCAAAUCCUGACGUAUCUUUUGACCCAUCACAUACUGUUAUAUCAGGUAUUAUGAGAUCUCAAAGUUCAUGUAGAGAAUCCGAUCCCUCAAAUUGUGAAGCAUCUUCUGACCCAUCACAUACUGCUAUAUCAAGUAUUCCUCUGAGAUCUCAAAGUUCACUUAGAGCAUCCGAUCCCUCAAAUCCUGAAGAACCUUCUGGCCAACCAAAUACUAUUACGUCGAACAUCUGUUUUAGUUCUGACCUAUCACAUACUGUUCUAUCAGGUAUUCCUCCGAGAUCUCAAAGUUCACCUAGAGCAUCCGAUCCCUCAAAUCCUGACGUAUCUUCUGAUCCAUCACAUAUUGUUCUAUCAGGUAUUCCUCCGAGAUCUCAAAGUUCAGAUACAUCAAUGGAUUCCUCAAAACCUGAAGAACCUUCUAGCCAACCACAUACUAUUUCGUCAGACAUCUGUUUUAGUUCUGAUAGCCAGAGAUCAACAGUCACAUCUAAUCCUAUGGAAUCUUCUCUAAGCCACGAAGGAGUUCGCAUCGGGGAGAGUAUCUACUCCUGUUUGGGGUGCGGGAAAUCUUUUAAUAGGAAAUCUGAACUUCGCACACACCUUAGAUCCCACACCAGUGUGACCUUCUCAUGUUUACAGUGCGGGAUAUCUUUCACUGAGGAAAGCAAACAUCUAAGCCACCAGAGACUUCAUAACGGUUGGAAUCCUUAUUCAUGCUCUGAGUGCGGGAAAUCCUUUGCUAGGAAAGCGCACCUCGUUUUACACCAGAGGAGUCACAAGGGAGAAAGCAGCUAUUCAUGUUCGGUGUGCGGGAAAGGUUUUAUGGAGAAAGUAAACCUUCUUAAACACAAGAGAAGUCACUCGGGGAAGCUUCCAUUUUCAUGUAUAAACUGCGGGAAAGGUUUCUUUGAUAAAGAUGACCUUACUAUACAUAAGAGAGUUCAUACGGGUGAGUACCCUUAUUCGUGUUCAAAGUGUGGAAUAUGUUUUACAAGUAUAAGAUAUUUCAUUAGACAUCAGAAAACACACACCUGCUGAUACUGUGGAGCAAUCUACGGCGACGUUUUACAUGAUAAUUUGUCCAGUCCAUAAAAAAACUGUAUGAUGAAAAUUAAUUUUUCAAUCCAGUUAAUUUCUAAUAAAAUAACAAAAUUAUAUAAAAUGU